AUGGAGGAGAAAAGGGGAGAGGCAGUUGAGAGCCACGGGCCCAGACUGGGAGAAGAAGUGGCGCCGGUGGAUGGGCUGCUACAUCCGUCCGUUGUAGAGUGUCUCCUUGAACGGACAUUGGCUGGGGGGCCCGGACACCAGUCCGUACCGGGUUUAACUCCCCUCGAUCCCUUUUCGAAUCCCACGCCAAUCAGACGGUGGAUGGAGGGGCGGGGUAAACGAGAUUCGAUGAAGUUGUCUGGAGCACAAGUCGCGCGACCGUGCGAUGAACAAAGCGGCGUUCGGAUAAACGUCCAGGAAGUACGAAAUACCUAUUGUUUCUUGCCUUCUUGUCUAAUGUACUACGGAAAUGGAGGGGAGGAAAUACCUGGUCCAUACCUAGAUACCCAAGGUAUAAUGCAGGGAAGUCGAAUGAUAUGGAUGGGCUGA